AUGGACGAAGCGACGGAGCUGGAGCUGGGGGGCAACUCCCUCCUGAAGGCCGUGUGGCUCGGGCGGCUCCGGCUGACCCGGCUGCUGCUGGAAGGGGGGGCUUACAUCAACGAGAGCAACGAGAAGGGGGAGACGGCACUGAUGGUGGCCUGCAUCACCACACACGUCGACCAGCAGAGCAUCCACAAGGCCAAGAUGGUGAAAUACCUGCUGGACAACAGAGCCGACCCCAACAUCCAGGACAAGUCUGGGAAAACCGCCCUCAUGCACGCCUGUAUCCGAGGGGCUGGGGGGGAUGUGGUGUCCCUGCUGCUGGAGAGUGGGGCAGACCCCAGCCUGGAGGACCACUCGGGAGCCUCAGCGCUGGUCCACGCCAUCAAUGCCGAGGACAACGCUGUGCUGCAGCACCUCCUGAAUGCCUGCAGAGCCAAGGGGAAGGAGGUGAUCAUCAUCACCGUGGACACAUCAGCCUCCGGCACCAAGACCGCCAAGCAGUACCUGAACGUCGCCCCUGCGCUGGAGUUCAAGGAGAGGGCUCCCCUCGAGGAGGGCGCAUCCCCCUCUGGUGAUCACCUGAAAACUCCCAUCUCGGCACCUUCCCCUGCCGGGAAGGAGAGCAGCAUUCCCACCCCACACCCUUCACACACUGGGGAUGCUGAGCCACCCUCCCCGGGCCAGAGAGCUGGCACUGCUCGGAGAGCCCACCUGCCGCGGCUGAAGCGGCUGCGGUCAGAGCCAUGGGGUCUGGUGGCCCCCUCGGUGCUGGCGACUUCUGGUCACCGCGACGACACGCGGCUCUGCGCUGACAGCGAGGUCAUCACGGGCAUCGGCGACCUCUCGCUCUCCAAAAAGCCCUCCCUCAGCCGGAGCAGCAGCAGCAGCAAGGGAAGGGACCCCUCUCUCUUCCCCCCAGUGGAUGAGCAGGCACUGGGGCCACUGGCACGGAAAGCCAGCCACGAGAAGAGCCCGAGCACGCACCCAUGCCUGUCCCGGAGCAUCACAGUCCCGGAGGAGCCGGAGAGCUCCAGCUCGGCCGCCAGCUCGGCUGCGGGGAUGGACCCGCCGCACCGGUGGAGGCCAGGCACUGAACACAGCGGAGACUCCCAGGUCACCGAGGCGGGGAAGGGGCCACCAGAGAGCAGGAAGCUGAGCGGCUCUCACCUGGCCUUGCUGGAUGGUUCCUGUGACUCUCCCUCCGGCAGCACCAGCACAUCGCCCAGCAGCGGCCGGCGCCGGCCACCCGGCUUGCUGGAGAGGCGAGGAUCCGGGACCCUGCUGCUGGACCACAUCUCCCACACAAGGCCAGGAUAUCUGCCCCCCCUGAACGUGAACCCCAACCCUCCGAUUCCUGACAUUGGCUCCAGCAAAGCCCCCUCCCCGCUGGCUGCUGGGCUGAAGCCGCUGGUGCCGCUGACACCCGGCUCACCCAGGCGGGGUGAUCUGAGAGCCCACAGGAAGCUCCUCCGCAGACAUUCCAUGCAGGCAGAGCAGAUGCGGCACCUCUCCGAUUUUGAGGAGCUCGUGGCGCAGUAG